CACUCGACCUUAUUGUUAUCAGAGGGACACGUAUAUGCGCGUACCUCCGCGGUCUUUGCAUGCGACGUGGGCGCCAACCCAUCCUUGGCGGCUUUACCAUUCUGCAACGCCACCCUGGAUCCUCUCUCUCGCGCCAAGGACCUGGUGAGCCGACUCACUCUGGCGGAAAAGAUCAGUUUCAUAGGCCACAAAACCGUCGACACGCCGCGCCUCGGAAUCCCCGCCUACAACUGGUGGAGCGAGGCGCUGCACGGCGUGUCCUUUAUCGGCGGCGGCUCGCGUUUCUCGAACUUAGUCCCCGGCGCCACCAGCUUCCCCCAAGUCCUCCUCACCGCCGCCUCAUUCAAUAUCUCUCUGUUCGAAUUAAUUGGCGAGGUGGUAUCGACAGAGGCGAGAGCCAUGCACAAUGUGGGCCACGCGGGGCUCACCUUCUGGAGUCCCAACAUCAACAUCUUCAGAGACCCGCGGUGGGGAAGAGGGCAGGAGACGCCCGGCGAGGAUCCCAUCCUCACCAGCAAGUACGCCGUGGCCUUCGUCGCCGGCUUGCAGCGCAACCGACAUGACCCUCAGAAGCUCAAGGUCGCAGCUUGCUGCAAGCACUACACAGCUUAUGACGUAGACAACUGGAAAGGGGUGUCGCGUUUCACCUUCAAUGCUAUAGUGACGGAACAAGAUAUGGCAGACACGUUCCAGCCGCCAUUCAAGUACUGCGUGACCAAGGGUGCGGCAGCCUGUGCCAUGUGCUCCUACAACAAAGUCAAUGGCAAACCUACAUGCGGUGACCCGGACCUUCUCUCUGGAGUCAUCCGAGGACAAUGGAACCUUAAUGGUUAUAUUGUUUCCGAUUGCGACUCGGUGGGUGUUAUGUACAACGCUCAACGUUAUACAAAAACUCCAGAGGAAGCAGUUGCUCUCUCCCUUAAAUCAGGACUCGAUCUUAACUGUGGAACUUUCGUGGUCGAACACGCUCAAAAUGCUAUCUCACAAGGUAAGUUGUUGGAGGCUGAUGUGGACAAGGCCAUCACCAACACUUUCAAGGUGCUGAUGAGGGUCGGGUUCUUCGACGGCGAUCCCAGGAAGGAGGGUCCGUACGGCGGCCUGGGACCCAAAGACGUCUGCACGCCAUCGAACAAGCAGUUGGCUCUCGAAGCCGCUCGCCAAGGCAUCGUCCUCCUCAAGAACCAGGAUAAAAUACUACCCCUGAGCCCAGGGUCCUUAUCCAUGGCCGUGAUUGGCCCAAAUGCUAAGGCCACCUCAAAAAUGCUCGGCAAUUACAAUGGUCUUCCAUGCCUUUACGUGAGCCCUCUGGAUGGGCUAUCGGCCACUGUCAAGACCAUUUACGCACCAGGGUGCGAUUAUGUGACCUGCAACGCCACGAGCCUUCACUUGGAGCCGGCAAAGGCUGCCGCCGCCCAGGCCGACGUUACCGUCCUCGUCGUUGGCUCCGAUAACACUGUAGAAGCCGAGGGAUUGGACCGCGAAACCUUGCUAUUUCCAGGAUUACAAGGGCAACUCAUAGACGAGGUGACAGCAGCGUCGAAGGGGCCUGUGAUCCUCGUCAUGAUGUCCGGAGGUCCCUUUGAUAUCAGCGCACAGCUGGCCAAUCCCAAGAUCAAAGGUAUUCUCUGGAUAGGCCUCCCUGGUCAGUCUGGAGGACAGGCCCUUGCAGAUGUAAUCUUCGGUCGAUACAACCCUAGUGGUAAGUCGCCAUUCACAUGGUACCAUGAGAGCUUCGUGCAGAACGUUCCCAUGACGGACAUGCGCAUGAGGCCAGAUCCAGCUACUGGAUACCCUGGUCGAACUUUCCGUUUCUACACCGGAAAGCCACUUUUCAAGUUCGGUCACGGGCUCAGCUACACUAAGUUUACCCACCUCCAAGUUCAAGCCCCUCAGACACUCUCCCUCGCCCUCGGAGAAGAGCACCCAUGCUAUUCUGGAAAUUGCAACUCGAUCAGCCUCGCCUCCGCUACUAAGCGUUGCGCGGAGAUGAGCUUCGAUGUGCGGUUGCAAGUCCACAACUCCGGUGACAUGGCUGGGAGCCACACGGUGCUGCUCUUCAACAAGCCGCCGCGUCUGCACAAUGCGCCCAAGGAGCAGUUGGUGGCGUUCGAGAAGGUCUUCUUGGAGCCUGGUCAAAGGAGCAGUGUGGCGUUCAGUUUGGACGUGUGCAAGGACCUGAGCGUGGCGGAUGAGAAUGGGAAUUGGAGAGUGCCCUUGGGGUCCCACGUCCUGAGUGUAGGUGACUUGAAGCAUACCUUUUCGUUGACCGUUUAA